AUGGCGGAUAGUGCCGAAGCAAUUGAGGCACAUGAGGUUGGAAACACCAGCUGGGUGAGAACCGCCAAAGAUCUGUUUGCCGGCGCUGCUGGCGGUGUCGCCCAGGUUCUGCUAGGUCAACCAUUCGAUAUCGUCAAAGUCCGCCUUCAGACGACAACCACUUACCCCAGCGCCUUAUCAUGUGCAUCAUCAAUCCUCCAGAACGAAGGACCGCUGGCAUUCUAUAAAGGCACACUCACUCCUUUAAUUGGCAUUGGGGCUUGUGUCUCCGUCCAGUUCGGCGCCUUCCACUAUGCUAGACGAGCAUUCGAGGAACAAAACCUCCGCGCCAACCAUCCAGCAGAUCUAUCAUAUGGCCAAUACUACCUGGCAGGGGCCUUCGCUGGUUUAACCAACUCAGUUCUCUCUGGCCCAAUCGAGCAUGUGCGUAUCCGUCUACAGACUCAACCACACGGUGCUGCCCGCCUUUACAACGGGCCCUUAGAUUGUAUAAAGAAGCUCUCCGCUCACGAAGGCAUCCUACGAGGCCUCUACCGCGGCCAAGCGGUCACACUCUACCGAGAAGCACAAGCCUACGGCGUCUGGUUUCUCACCUUCGAAUACCUGAUGGCCUUAGACCAAAAACGCAACAACGUCCGCCGCGAAGAUAUUUCUUCUCCAAAAGUAGCCUUCUACGGAGGACUUGCCGGUGAAGCGCUGUGGAUCGCCAGUUACCCCUUUGAUGUGGUCAAGAGUAAGAUGCAGAGCGACGGCUUUGGGAAGGAGCAAAGGUACAAGACCAUGAGAGAUUGCUUUGCGCAAACGUGGAAGGUCGACGGGAUGAGAGGAUUUUGGAAGGGUAUCGGGCCGACAUUGGUGAGGGCUAUGCCUGUCAGUGCGGGUACAUUUGCAGUGUAA